AUGGAACAGAGCAGGACAAUCAGUUGUGAGGCUAACGAGACUGAAUUGGGUGUGAAAGUCCUUGCUGAGGCUUCAGAGGGAGGAGAUCCAAGGGAUGUUCAAAGUUCUGACAACAACACUGAGAAAAACCAGCGUAAAAAUGAACAUCAAUUUUGUCUUGAUGUAGGGACUAAAACAGAAGGAUGUAAGGGAGAAUCGAGAGCCCCUGAGUGCAAUGAGCCUCAUUCUGAUGAAGAGGCUGUCACAACGCCUCAUUCUGAUGAUGAGGCUCACUAUGACAGAGGCUGGGCCUGGGUAGUAUGUGCUACAGCAGCCUUGAUGGAGUUCUUCGUCGGGGGAUUGAUAACAAGCUCUGGAGUGAUAUAUGCGGCUUUAAUUGAAGAAUUCGACAAAUCAAGAGUAGAAACUGCCUGGGUGAGCGCCUUAGCUGUUUCCACUUACUACGGCUUCUUCCCGCUCGGCACCGUUCUUAGCGAGCGCUUUGGAUGCUGGGUAGUUGCCUUACUGGGUUGCCUGGCCUGCUCCAUCGGUUUGUUUAUAUCCUCCUUUGUCACUAGUCUCCCAUUGUUGUACCUCACCUACAGCUUCCUUUGGGGCCUGGGCGCCUCUUUAGUCUACUUCGCCGACCUGUUGAUACUCACUAGGUACUUCAAAGCGAGGCUUGCAUUCGCUAAUGGACUCAUAGCCCUUGGUGGUGCUAUCGGCGGAAGUGUAUUGAGUCCCAGCAUGCAACAGAUGCUUAUUUACAUUGGAUUGGCAAAUAUGUUUCGCGUGCUUGCAGGCGCGUAUCUUCUCCUCUCAGUCUUUUCACUUGUCUAUCGCCCGAAGCGUAGAGUUUUGCCUCAUCAGAAUGAUGUCAUAACUACGUUUGUUAAGAAGAGGCGUCUUUUUGACUGGGGAAUUUUAAAAAACAAAGCAUUCUUAAUGUGGAUCGUGGUUGUUUCCAUCUUCAUGCUUGGAUACAUGGUCCCCUUUGUACACUUGGUGCGCCUUGCCGAAGACAUCGGAAUCGACAAGACACGAGCCUCUCUUCUUCUAACGUUCGUGACAGUUGGAUCGGCAUUCGGUCGUGUUAUCGUCGGGCGCUUAUCGGAUAUCCGACGUUUCAAUCGCGUGUACAUCGUUCAGUUAGCGUUCCUAGUCAUGGGAUUCAGCAACUUUAUGGUACCAUUCACUGAAUCUUACCCCAUUUUAGCUAUAAAUGCGUUCAUAUUUGGAUUAUUUGCCGGAGCUUAUCUGAUCCUCAAUCCUGUGAUCGUAUGCGACAUUCUUGGUCCGGACAAAGUGUCGUACGGCUUAGGAAUGUCCUUCUUGUUGUUGUCUGUACCUCGCACACUUGGACCACUGAUUGCUGGGAUAAUUUAUGAUGGACUGCAGAGCUAUGCAAUUGCUUUUUACAUCCUCGGAGGCACGACUUGCCUAUCAGCCAUCUUGGUUACCUUUGUUUCAAUCUUGAUUCGAAGAAAAGUUGACGAUAAAAGUGAGGGUUGUAAAAACAAUGAGCCUGCGGUAUAAACUGACCGCUGACAGGAGUAUUAAGAUUAAUUUGUGCCUACCGCGGGCUAUCCGCUUGGUCAGCGGGGUAUCUAAG